UGUGAAGGUCCCUCACGCAACCCACCGGGGGAGGGGGGCGCCGUUUUGCGCAGGCGCGGCAGAGGGCGGCGGGCUGUCCUGAGCUGCGCGCGGGGUCCGCGCAAGUCUGCCUUCGGUCCGGUCCCUCGCUGUCGAGUAAGCUCCCGGCCUGGGCUCUCGCCCCGCGUUCCCGGAGACUGGGACUGGGGACUAGUGGUCCCGGCCGCGGAGCGCGCAGUCUCCCGGCCGGCCGUCGCCGUGUAUCCAGAGACCGUUUGGGUUGAGUCCUUGCCGCCGGCGACCACUCUGUGCCUGCCGGAGUCGGAAGGUCGUGUGCUUUCUUCCCCAGCCGCCGCGGAGGACUCGGCUGCGGUCUCCGAGCAAACUCUUGUAAAUAAGAUCAAGGAAAUAACUCACUGAACCUGAGACUUGGAGAAGACAGUUUGAUUAACCAGAAAGUUAAGUUUACCCUUUAUAUGAAACUCACUUAACAAAUGCUGUGUGCCAGGCCCUGGGAGUUUGUUUGUUUUUAAGAUUUAUUUAUUUUUAGAGAAGGAGAGCCAGCCUAUAAGGGCGGGGGCGCGGAGGGAGAGAGAAUUCAGGCCGACCCCCCUCUGAGCCCGUUUGUUGGCCAGAGCUUGAUCCGGAGACCUGGAGAUCACGACCUGAAUCUAAACCAAGAGUUGGACACCCAACCGAGCCACCUAGGCACUGGGAAUUUUCUAAUGAAGGACACCUCAGAGGUCUCUUUAAAAAAUGUUCAAACUGAAAUUAGGAUAUAAUAGGUGAAACGGGAAACUUGGAGGUCCACCAUAGAGUUGAUAAGUUGGUGCUCUAAUGCAAUGAAGAAUAGUGCAGCCAAUAAAAAUGAUUUAAAUCAGUGUGUGCCCCCUUGGAAAAAUGAUUCAGAUACUGCAUUAAGAAAGUAAGUUACAAAUCAGUAUGUAUUAUGAUUUUAGAUCUAUAUAUGGAGCUAUAUGAGAGAACAGAAAGACAAAUUUUAGCAGUGAUGAUAUGUGGUGGAGGUGGUUAUCCAUCGUUUUAACAUUAUAUAUUUUUGGAAUUUAUUUUUUCAGCAAACAUGUCUUAUAAUCAGAAAUUUAGAAAAAUACAAAUAUUUUCAGAUUUUGGGACUGAGUAUAGAAGGAGUAUCUAAUACAUAUUUAAGAUCAGGGAAAGUUUUUGAACAAAGUAUUUAGGAAGCUGUCUUGAGGGAGUUGGGCAGUUUUGGAAGUCACUGGAAUGGCCAAAGGACUAACUUGAGUAUCUGUGAGAUUUCUGGGAAAGUGCAAAGUGUUCCUUGAAAAGGAAGGCUGGAAGUGAGGACAGAGACUGGCAAGGGAUGAGACAGACUUUUUAGGCCAUGACAAGUCUGUGAAAGGCUACCUAUACUCCUGAGAGUGACUUUACCUUGAGGACAGAGGGAAAUUACUGAAGGAACAAUAUAAUCCGACCUGUAUUUAAGAAAGAACACUUGGCAGCUGUGUGGAAAGUGGAAUGGUGGCAGGAAAGACUAGGCUCAGGGAGCCCUUAAGAGUCAUCUCGACAGUAAAUGAUGAUUGCUGGAACCAAGGUAUUGGUAGAGUAGAGGUUUUGUUCACUGUUGGCAUGGUACAUUAUAGGCUCUGGAUAAAUGAGGUUUUGAAUGCAUUAAAUGAAGUUUUCCUCUGUGUCUUUAAAAUCUCAUAUACCAAAAUGAUCACACUUCAAAGUAGAGAAGGAGUCGGUAGGAUUCUAUUUAUUAAUACAAACUCAAUUAGUUUCUCUCAGUUGUGGUGUGGUGGUUUUUAAAGCUCUUGGGAAUUCUGUUAAUAGUGGUAACUGGGGGCUAAUUUUACAGAAGUAGAGGAGGAGUAGGGAUGAUAAGGGUCAUUACUGAGUACAGAGCAGAGACUUUUAAAAUCUCAUGUGCAGUUUCAUAAUAAUAACUUAGAUUUUUUAUCUACAUAUCACAGUUUACAUAAUUCUCCAAUAACACUUCCUUUAUCUACCUGAAGUCAUAAAGAAGGUGGUAUUUGAACUAGGUCUUAAAUGUAGUAUAGGUGGAAAUGGUGGAAGAGAGAGUAACAUGAGCAAAGGCCUAGGAACACAAAUGUGUGUGUGUGUGUGUGUGUGUGUGUGUGUGUGUGUGAAUUUUGAAAUGGCCUUGGGCCAGACUGUGAAGAUCCUACUGAAAAACCAAACAAAAUUUAAAAAACAUAAAAAGCUCAAGAGAAAAAUAUUCAGAGACUAUGAAAAGACAAGCCAUGAAACAUAAAUGACCAUUUGUCUUAGUCCAUUUGACUACUGUAGCAACAUACCACAGACUGGGUGGUUUAUAAACAAGUCUAUUUCUUACAGUUCUGGGGACUGGGAAAUCCAAGAUUCAGUGCUGGUAAAAGCCCAUUUCUGGUCCAUGGAUGGAGCCUUCUUGCUUUGUCCUCACAUGGUAGAAGAGGCAAACUUGCUCUCUGAGGUCUUUUAUAAAGUCGCUACACCAGUCACGAGGGCUCUACUCUCAUGAUCUCAUCACCUCCCAAAGGCCCCACCUUCUAAUAUCAUCCCUUUAGGGGUUAGGACUUCAAAGAAUAAAUUUGGGGAGGACACAGACAUUCAGACCAUAUCACCAUUAAGUUAAGAAAGGACACCUAACCACACUUAUGAUAAACUCAGACAACACUGAGAUCCCAUGUUCACCUAUUGGAUUAUCAAAAAUAAAAAAAAAAUUGAUAAUACACUGCAUGAGUGACUGUCAGUGUAUUAUUGGUGUGGGGAAGCCAGCACUAGAAACUGGUUUUACCCAUGGGGCUGGGAACUGGUUCAACAUCUGUGAGUGGCAAUUACAAAUUUAUAAAUUCACCUGCCAUUUAACAUAGUCGUUCUUGGGAUUUCACCUAAAAGUACUCUCUGAAAUAUAUGAAAUCACCUAUGGAAUUCAUUAUACUAAAUUCAUUUUGCCAACUUGAUAGGUAUGUAGUGGCUUUCAUUUGUAUUCUCCUAAUGGUUAUUGAUAUUUUAUAUCUCUUCAUGUGCUUAUUUGCAUCUGUAUACCCUCUUUGAUGAAUUGUCUGUUCAUGUCUUUCUAUACCCAUUUUAUAAGAACCAGACCCAUCGUAUAAUUGGGUUGCUUGGUUUGUUGUUGUUUUCUGGGAGUUGGGUUUUACUGUUGAGUUUAAAGAAUAUCCUCAUUUAAUCCAGAUAUAGAAGUCCUUUGUGGGUUAUGUGUUUUGCAAAUAUUUCUUCCCCGUCUAUGAUUUGUCUUUUCUUCUUCUUAACAGAGUCUUUUGCAGGAUGAAAGAUUUCAAGUCUAAGUCCAAAUUAAUCAAUAUCUUCUAUUUUGGAUUGUGCUUUUGGUGUCAGAUGUAAGAAGAACUCUGUGCCAAACCCUAAGUCAUGAAGAUCUGUGAUAGUUUCUUCUAAAAGUAUUAUGGUUUUGCAUUUAGAUCAAUGAUCUAUUUUAAGUUCAUUUUUGUAUAAGAUGUGAGAUUUAGGUUUAAGUUUUAUUUUCUGGUCUAUUGGUAUCCAGUUGUUUCAACACCAUUAUUGAAAAGACUAUUUUUCCUUCAUUGGACUGCUUUUCAACCAGAGUCAAAAAAUCCGUUGGGUGACCUUUAUAAUGUCCGUAGUAUUUUCUUUGCUCUAAGGUCUACUUUGUCUAAGUAUUUAUUGAACAAUUGAAUGUUUUGCUGCAGAGUAACUAGUUCACAAAACAGGUCUCUAUGUAAGUUUGAACAUGUAGACUGGAUGAGUGAUUAUUUUAGGAUACUAUGUAUACACAUACACACACACGUACAUACAGGUUUUUCUUUUGGAAAGGGUUUUAAGUCUAUGUAUAAAUUCAUUUCAAGUAGCUAACAUGUGACAGAAUUUGAACUUGUUUUGACCAAUAAUCUCAGAAUUAAUAUCAUCCUAGGUUAAAAGGUCACAUAGUUUUAUUUUAAAUCUCAUUUCUUAUAAUUAUGCAGAAUAAUAUUGGUACAGAAACUAAUGGUAUGAAAAACUUUUACAUAUACAUUACUUAUUUUUGCCAAUUAAAAUUUCAGAUAUUUGAUUAGAGUUAAUUGGCAGAACGGAGGAUAUUUAUUUUAUAUUUUAGUAUAAAUCCCAAAGUAAGGGGAAAACCCUUCUGUUUAUCAAUUGUAAUAUGAGAUUGCCAUGUAAAAUAGUUUCUUCAAGUAUAUACGUAUGAAGGAUUUAUACUAUGCAGUUUUCUCUAGACAUUUAAUUUUUAUUUUCAGAGGAACCUGACUGACUCAGUUGGUUAGAACAUGUGACUUUUGAUCUUGGGGUUGUGAAUUUGAACCCCACGUUGUGCACGGAGAUUACUUAAUAAUGUUGUUUUCAAUUUAUUCAGAGAAUCAGUUCAGUUGGACUCCACAAACUAACCCGUGGGUUUUCAGUGAAUACAGCAUGAUGUGGUUCAAAUCCUAUAGAAUAACUUUUGCCUGCUUGAGUAGAAUGAAAAUUUACAGGUACCCUUGGACAAGACUGUACAGUACUUCUCAAACCACUGUAGACAGCAGUGAGAUAAAAACAUUCGUGGCCCUGGCUCAUAGGUGGUGGGAUGAACAAGGAGUGUACGCACCUCUUCAUUCUAUGAAUGACCUGAGGGUGCCGUUCAUUAGAGACAAUCUUUUAAAAACAGUUGCUCAUCACCAGCCCGGAAAACCUUUGUCUGGGAUGAAGAUUCUUGAUGUUGGCUGUGGUGGUGGAUUGUUAACUGAACCUCUAGGGCGGCUUGGAGCUUCAGUUAUUGGAAUCGAUCCUGUGGAUGAGAACAUUAAAACAGCACAGCACCAUAAAUCAUUUGAUCCAGUCCUAGAAAAGAGGAUAGAGUACAGAGCGUGUUCCCUGGAAGAGAUUGUGGAAGAAACUGCUGAAACAUUUGAUGCUGUUGUAGCUUCUGAAGUUAUAGAACAUGUGAUUGAUCUAGAAACAUUUAUACAAUGCUGCUAUCAAGUGUUAAAAUUUGGUGGUUCUUUAUUCAUUACUACAAUCAACAAAACACAGCUGUCUUAUGCCUUGGGAAUUGUCUUUUCAGAGCAAAUUGCAGGUAUUGUACCAAAAGGUACUCAUACAUGGGAGAAGUUCGUUUCACCUGAAAAGCUAGAGAGCAUUCUGGAAUCAAACGGUCUGUCAGUUCACACGGUGGCAGGAAUGCUGUACAACCCCUUCUCAGGUUACUGGCACUGGAGUGAAAAUACAAGCUUGAACUAUGCAGCUCAUGCUGUGAAAUCCAUGGGACAGGAGCCCCCGGUGCCUGCUGGGUUUGUUUUCACGGGGAAAACAGAGGAGCUCCAUGAUAAAGACUCCAUCAACCCCGGUGUGCAGGAAGAGCUGAAGAAAUGAAUGGCUUUGUAGGACUGUGUAUAAUAUGGCUUGAAAGUCUUCUGUUUACAUAUGUGAAAAUACACACUUUGUCUUUUGUGAGUGGAUUGUGAAGAAAA